AUGGCAUCUCCAACACCCCUGACUCCUUCUAGUCGUCAAAAUGCGUACGAUAUUACAGCGGAUAUGUCCGGUGACUCAACUGGUUUGCUCGAUCUUUCAGACACUGGGCUACUUUCAGGAGGCUCAGGUCUUCUUGGCGCAAACAGUGAGAUCGCAGGUCUUCACCUCCGCCGUGCCAAACGUGGUCUGCUCGAUACGCUCGACACCGGAGAUGUUGGCGGAACGUUGAACUCGCUCACGGCGGGGGGUGCACUCUCUGAUAUUGGACUUGGUAUCAAACGUGACCACGGACACAACAAGAGGCUCCUCAAUUUUGGGCGUCCUUCAGGUGGCUUUUCUCCCAAAGGGAACACUUGCCCUGCUGGCCGCCGCUACUGCUGCAAGCACGUUCGCAAGUACUCGGAUCCACGCAAUGCCAAUCUACUAGACGGUGCUUUAGUGCAGGAUGGUUUGCUCAACGACGUCUUGAUGGGGCUUACUUGCGACUUGAUCGCUGGUACCCUCGCCCCUGACUCGUGCGAUAAGCAUGCUGUAUGUUGCACUAACCAACGUAACUCUAAUCAAGGCAUCCUAAGCCUCGGAUGCACCCCAUUCGGGUUGGACAUCAACAUAUAG